AUGCUCCUCUACUUGUACCACCACCAAGCUCCAAGGUUAUUUUCGACUAAUGAAGGAGGUUUACCUACUGCUGAUCCUUCUCGGGCAACUUCUAAGGAGUUUAGUGCUCCUCCACCUCUGCCAACCUCAACCUUGGAGGUUAUUCUAGCUAUUUCCCUGAAGCCGACCUCAUCACUUCCUGCUACAGAUGAGGGCUCUCUCCUAAGUAACACUAGCUUGUCUAUUGUUCAUGUUAGUGCCCUCUUAGGGCGAGUUUAUAGGGCUGAACAAGUGGUUGAUGAUCGACUAUCUGGCUUGGCCACUGUACAUGAAAAGGUGGAGGAGUAG